AUGGACGCAGCGCAGGCGCAAUGGCUGGAGCAGCUCGCCACCAUGCGCAAAGCUAUCGCAGAACUGAACCUGCCCACAGAGGCUGAGAAAGUGCCAGCCUAUGGUGAUGAUCUGGAAUUCGACGACGACGACUUCUCAGGCACUGCAAGCGGGGAAGACAUCUGGGACAUCAUCAGCGACGAAUACGAAGACGAGUACAGCAGCGACCACCUCGAGCAGUUCCAAGAUGCAUCAAGUGGAAGCAGCGCCUACGACCAGCGAUGGCUGUCCACCAAAUGCGAGGGCGUCGCCCAACGAAGCUCUGGCCUGGAUGCCGGAGCCCUCAAAGAUCAGAUCCUGGCAAUCCUCAGCAGCGACAGCAACAACGAGGAGCUGCAGAUGAUGCUAGCAGAGAUUGUCGGCUAUGGAGAGCUGGACCUGGUGGCCGAUCUCAUCGCACAUCGCAAGGACAUUACUCGCUCGUUGCUCGAGCCAACUCCUGGCGAACACAACGGCGUCUCUGGCCGUCUUCUGACCCGAGCCGAGCGCGAAGAAGCGUUGCGCAGGCAAGACUGGGAGCACAAAAACACCACUCUGUCAGCUGCAGUUGACCGCACAGGACCACAGUACCCACAUGUCUACCAGACCUACUCAGCUGGCAAUAAGCUCUCUGCUUACGGCAAGAAAUAUGCGCUUCCCACCAACCACAAGCACCACGACGACAAUCUCUACGAAGAAUACGAGAUUCCUGCGAUGCCAGUAGGGACUAUUGGAGCCGGUCGGAGGCUCGUCGAAAUCAGCGAACUGGACGGUCUCUGCCAGCGCACAUUCAAAGGUUACAAAGCUCUCAACCGCAUGCAGAGCCUGGUUUUCCCUGUGGCGUACAAGACGAGCGAGAACAUGCUCAUCUGCGCGCCUACUGGUGCCGGUAAGACUGACGCAGCGAUGCUGACCAUCCUCAACACCAUCGGCAAGAACAUCUUGCCCAACCCAAUCGAGGAGCCUGAGGCCACCGAUUUCACAGUCAGCAUGGAGGAUUUCAAGAUCAUCUAUGUAGCACCCAUGAAAGCGCUUGCUGCUGAAGUCACAGAGAAGCUCGGAAAGCGCCUGGCUUGGCUAGGCAUCAAGGCGCGUGAGUUGACUGGAGACAUGCAUCUCACCAAAGCCGAGAUCCUGGACACUCAGAUCAUUGUCACAACACCAGAGAAAUGGGACGUUGUAACGAGAAAGAGCACGGGAGACACUGAGCUUGUGCAGAAGGUGCGUCUGUUGAUCAUCGACGAGGUUCAUAUGUUGCACGAUGAACGCGGUGCUGUAUUGGAGAGCUUGGUGGCCAGAACCCAAAGACAGGUCGAGAGCACACAGUCUCUCAUCCGCAUCGUUGGUCUUUCCGCUACACUGCCCAACUACGUUGAUGUUGCAGACUUCCUCCGCGUGAACAAGAUGGCCGGGCUGUUCUAUUUCGACGCUUCGUUUCGUCCUGUGCCUCUGGAGCAGCAUUUCAUCGGUGCCAAGGGCAAGCCUGGCACCAUGAAAUCCCGCGAGAACCUAGAACAGGUCGCUUUCAACAAGGUCAAGCAGAUGCUCGAGCGAGGACAUCAGAUCAUGGUCUUUGUACAUUCCAGAAAGGAUACCGUGAAGACCGCACGUCGACUUUUCGACCAGGCCGUGGACGAUCAGUGCAGUGACCUUUUCGAUCCGACAGAACAUCCCAAGUACGAUGCUGCUGUGCGCGACAUGAAGCAAUCAAAGGGACGUGAGCUUCGAGAGCUGCUUGGUAAAGGUAUGGGCACUCAUCACGCUGGUAUGCCUCGCUCAGACCGCAACCUUGUCGAGCGUCUCUUUGCCGAGGGUAUUAUCAAAAUCCUUUGCUGUACAGCAACCCUAGCCUGGGGUGUCAACCUGCCAGCCGCUGCAGUUCUUAUCAAAGGCACUCAGGUGUACAACGCCCAAGAAGGCAAGUUUACAGAUCUCGGUAUUCUGGAUGUCCUGCAGAUCUUUGGUCGUGCCGGUCGUCCUCAAUUCCAAGACACUGGUAUCGGUUUUAUCUGCACGACCCAUGACCGCCUUGACCAUUACAUGCGUGCAAUUACAGAACAGCAGCCUAUCGAGUCAAGGUUCUCUUCCAAGCUUGUUGACAACCUCAAUGCCGAGAUCUCGCUUGGUACAGUCACCACAGUCUCAGAGGCAGUGCAAUGGCUGGGUUAUUCCUACUUAUUCGUCAGAAUGCAAAAGAGCCCCUUGCUCUAUGGCAUCGAAUGGGCCGAGAUUAGAGACGAUCCGCAACUUGUCGGAAGGAGGCGUAAGCUUAUCAUCGAUGCUGCACGCGUCCUGCAGAAGAGUCAGAUGAUCAUCUUCAACGAGACCACAGAGGAUCUCCGCUCCAAGGAUGUCGGGCGUAUUGCAAGCCAGUUCUAUGUUCAGCAAUCGAGUAUCGAGAUCUUUAACACUAUGAUGCGCCCUCGAAGCACAGACGCUGAUGCUCUGGCCAUGGUCAGUAUGAGCGGCGAGUUCGACCAAGUUCAGUCUCGUGAGACCGAGGAAAAAGAAUUAUCGGCACUCAAGGAAGAGGGCUAUGUCAUUACUGAAGUCAAAGGUGGUUACGCUACAGCUCACGGCAAGACGAACUACCUUCUACAGGCCCAUAUCUCCAGAGCACGACUAGAGGACUUCACGCUCGUCUCGGACACUAACUACAUUAAGCAGAACGCUUCGCGUAUCGCCAGGGCAUUGUUUAUGAUAGCGCUUAAUAGGCGCUGGGGGUACCAAUGUUUGGUCCUGCUGAGCCUUUGCCAGUCUAUUGAACACCAAGUGUGGUCUAUAGAGCAUCCCCUACAUCAGUUCGAUCUCCCCCAGCCAGUGUUGCGAGCGCUUGAUCAGAGAUAUACGUCAAUCGAGGCACUGCGCGAUAUGGAAUCACGAGAGAUCGGUGACCUAGUGCACAACACGAAGAUGGGCGGAGUUAUCUCAAAGCUCUUGGACAACUUCCCGACACUUGGUAUUGAAUCUGAGAUUGCGCCUCUCAACCGCGACGUUCUCCGCAUUCGCUUGUGGCUCACGCCCGAGUUCAGGUGGAACGACCGCCAUCACGGCACAUCAGAAUCGUUCUGGAUCUGGGUAGAGAACUCGGAAACCUCAGAGAUCUACCACUAUGAGUUCUUCAUCUUGUCUCGUAAGAAGCUUUACGAUGAUCACGAACUGAACUUCACAAUCCCGCUCACAGAUCCGUUACCGACACAAAUUUAUGUGCGCGCUGUUUCUGAUCGGUGGCUGGGUGCGGAGACAGUGCAUCCGAUCUCUUUCCAGCAUCUUAUUCGGCCAGAUACGGAGAGCGUUUACACCGAUCUGCUUGACCUGCAGCCGUUACCGAUCGCAGCUCUGAAAAACCCACUUCUAGAGGAGCUGUACGCCCAGCGCUUCCAGUACUUCAAUCCCAUGCAAACACAGAUCUUCCACUGUUUAUACCAUACCCCGGCGAACGUGCUUCUUGGUUCGCCCACAGGUAGUGGUAAGACAGUCGCAGCUGAGCUUGCCAUGUGGUGGGCUUUCAGAGAGAAGCCAGGCUCAAAGGUUGUUUAUAUUGCACCUAUGAAGGCGCUCGUUCGAGAGCGAGUGCAGGACUGGGGCAAGCGCCUUGCUGGACCAAUGGGGCUCAAGCUUGUUGAAUUGACUGGUGAUAACACGCCAGAUACCCGCACAAUACGCGACGCAGACAUAAUCAUUACCACGCCUGAGAAAUGGGAUGGUAUCAGUCGUAGCUGGCAGACUCGUGGCUAUGUUCGUCAGGUCAGUUUGGUCAUCAUCGACGAGAUCCACUUGCUCGGCGGUGACCGUGGUCCCAUUCUCGAGAUCAUUGUGUCCCGUAUGAACUACAUUGCUUCGCAGAAAGAAGGUGGAUCUAUCCGUCUGCUCGGAAUGUCGACCGCUUGCGCGAAUGCUUCAGACCUCGGCAACUGGCUCGGUGUGAAAGAGGGGCUCUUCAACUUCCGUCACUCUGUCCGCCCUGUGCCGCUGGAGAUAUUUAUUGAUGGCUUUCCCGAGCAGCGAGGAUUCUGUGCGCUUAUGCAGUCGAUGAACCGGCCCACGUUCCUCGCUAUCAAGCAACAUUCGCCAGAGAAGCCAGUCAUCGUAUUCGUAGCGUCGCGUCGUCAGACGCGCCUAACUGCUCGCGACCUGAUCAACUUCUGCGGCAUGGAGGACAAUCCCAGGCGUUUUCUCCGCAUGUCGGAAGAUGACUUAGCUCUGAAUCUUGAGCGGGUCAAAGAUGACGCCCUGCGAGAGGCUCUGAGCUUCGGCAUCGGUCUCCAUCACGCGGGUCUGGUCGAAAGCGAUCGUUCCCUGUCUGAGGAGCUCUUCGCCAACAACAAGAUCCAGAUCCUUGUCGCUACUAGCACUUUGGCUUGGGGAGUCAACUUGCCAGCUCAUCUAGUGGUCGUCAAGGGCACACAGUUUUUUGAUGCCAAGUCUGAAGGAUACAAGGAUAUGGACCUGACAGAUGUGCUUCAGAUGCUAGGUCGUGCCGGACGUCCGCAGUUUGAUUCUUCAGGCAUCGCGCGUAUCUUCACGCAGGACGCGAAGAAGGAGUUCUACAAGCACUUCCUGCACACUGGUUUCCCUGUUGAGUCUUCGCUGCACAACGUUUUGGACAACCAUUUGGGCGCCGAGAUCUCAGCCGGCACCAUUGGCACAAAGCAAGACGCUCUGGACUACCUAACCUGGACCUUCUUCUUCCGCCGAUUGCACAAGAACCCAUCUUUCUAUGGUCUCGAAAUCUCUGCGGAAGAACACAACACCAUCGCUGCUCAAUCCAUGGCAAAUGACUACAUGAUCAAUCUUGUGGAGACCUCACUGAAAGAACUCCACGACUCAUCCUGUGCGGCUGUCGAACCCACAGGUGAAGUCGACUCCACCCCGCUCGGCAAGAUCAUGUCCUACUACUACCUGUCACACAAGACAAUCCGUUACCUUGUCGCGCACGCGAAGAGAAAUGCAACCUUCCUUGAUGCAUUGACAUGGAUAUCACACGCGACUGAAUACGACGAGCUUCCUGUACGACACAACGAAGAUCUCAUCAAUGCCGAGCUCUCCAAAGCUCUGCCGCUGAGUGCAGACCACUUCGGUCUGCCGAUGUGGGAUCCACACGUCAAAUCCUUUUUGCUGCUACAGGCACACUUUUCGCGCAUCGACCUGCCUAUCAGCGAUUACGUGGGUGACUUGAACUCGGUCCUUGACCAGUCGAUCCGUAUCGUGCAAGCUAGUAUCGAUGUCUUGACUGAGUUGGGCUACGUAAGUUCUUGUACACAGAUGAUUGCCUUGCUGCAGUGUAUUAAGAGCGCACGCUGGCCUGACGACGGUCCGCUCUCGCUCUUACCCAAUGUUGAGCCCACAGAGGAGAGGAAGCGUAUCGAGCAUCCACGCGCCUCACCAAAGACACUGCAGGAGGCGUCCGCCUCCUCUUCCGCAAACCUCGAGAAAGCGCUGCGCUUUGCCGGGGUGACGGCGCCAAUGCUGAAGCGCAACAUGGAGCCCAUCGCUCGCCUCCCGAUUCUGCACCUUUCCUUGGGCACGUACAACGCCGUAUCUUUCUCGUUGAACAUGACGCGUCAAAACCCAGCGCGCAUUCAGAAUGGCGGUGUGCGUAUUUACGCGCCACGGUACCCAAAGCCGCAGACGGAAGGGUUCUUCUUCGUGUUGAGCUACAGCAGCACAGAUGAGAUCAUUGCAUUAAAGAGGGUGAACUGGGUGGAUCCGACUCGGUCGGGACCUGGAGGUCGUGGCCGCGGCCACGGCGGACGUGGUGGACAGAAGCAGCUGACAGCUUCAGAAGCGGGGGCUGGACGAGGAAGCGGAGCCGUCAGUAGAGGUCGUGGAAGUCGUGGAAGUCGUGGAGGUCGCGGGGCGGACAAGCAAAUCGCCGCAACUGGCAACGGAAGCACAGGUGCGGUUGUAGAUGCAAGUAGAGAGGGUGGCCAUGGUGGAGCUGGAGCUGGAGCUGGAGCUGGAGGAGCAAAAUUGCACGCUUUCGCCAAGGUAUCUCUACCGCCUGAGGCACAAGGCAAGAAGGUGGACGUGAGCGUGUACAGCGAUUCGUACAUUGGGAUGAGGUGGCGUAUCGACGGUGUAGAGAUACCGAUGGCGCCGGUCGUGGAGGACGGAGGGAAGAAGAAGGAGGGAGGCGCGGGUGUGUGGGAUAACGAUAACUUGUAG